AUGGACCAAGGAUCAGUAGAACUUUUCUCAACUAACAAAUCUCAACUAACAGCAGGCUUUAUUCUGCUUGGGUUUGCAGACCUGCCGUGGUUGCACUAUCCACUGCUGGUGAGCUUCUAUCUCGUCUAUACGUUAACCAUCGCUGGAAACAUUCUAAUAUUAGCUCUCGUUUCAUUCAGCAGCUCUCUCCAUAGCCCCAUGUAUUUUUUCCUAUGUAACCUGGCCGUUCUGGACAUCUGUUACACCACCGUCACGCUCCCUAAACUGAUACAGCUUCAUUCCGGAGAAGACAAAACCAUAUCUUUCGCCGGUUGUAUCUCUCAGCAAUAUUUCUACAUUUCAUUAGCCAUUUCGGAAUAUUUCCUGUUGGCCGCCAUGGCGUAUGAUCGAUAUGUGGCAAUCUGCAGCCCCCUACAAUACCCUGUCAUCAUGAACUUUAAACUAUGCCAUAUACUGGCCAUUGGGUGCUGGCUAACAGGAGUUGUGACAUCAUCAGUCCCAGUCUCAUUUUCUCUUCAGUUUGUUUUCUGCGACUCUCGCAUCAUUAAUCACUUUUUCUGUGACCUCACCGCUCUGCUAAAAUUGUCAUGUAGCAAAACCACAAAUAUUCAGGCAGUUAUAUUUACCGAGAGCGUUUUAUUGGGUCUUCUUCCCUUUCUUUUCACGCUGUCUUCUUAUGUUAGCAUCGUAAACGCCAUACUGAGCAUUCACUCAUCGAGAGUAAGAUAUAAGACUUUCUCCACCUGUGCGUCCCACCUUACGGUCGUGAUACUUUUCUAUGGAACGAUGAUUGGCGUCUACAUGCGUCCAUCUUCCAGGUACCUGCCGGCCCAUGACAAACUCUUUGCAUUGCUUUACACGGCUGUAAUUCCCAUGUUGAACCCCAUGAUCUACACGUUAAGAAAUGGUGAGGUAAAAAAUACUCUGAAGAAAUGGCUUCGUCAUCAUUAUUCUUUAAAACUCGGACAAAUGUGA